AUGAGGACGUCCAUCGCUUUGUCUGCUCUAAUUGGGCUUGGGUUCGCCCAAAACGUUGAGUUCUUCCGCUUCACUAGUCCUAGUGCGAAUGCGGCGGCCAAUAUCUAUCGCCGCCAGACACCACCGCCUGGCUACAGCCCCGAAUUCGGUAGCUGUGGCACUGGUGCCAACUGCACAGACGCCUGUGGCCCUAAUUGGAUCACUUGCAAAGCAUCUACCGAUCUGUCUCUCUUCUGUUAUAACGAGGUAGACCUGGGCCAGACAUGCUGUGAGAACGGCUCUGGACGAGCUUGCGAUGCUGGCUAUUACUGCGCGUGGCAAGAGUUCAACGGAAGAGUGUGGUGUUGCGAGAAUGGCCAAAGCCUUGAAGAAUGCGGCGUUCCAACAGAUAAGCCUGUGACCACCAGCAAUCCUACUUCGACCAGCUCUCUAGCAGGCGAAAGCUCAUCCACUGCCUCUUCAACAUCGGGGGGUGUGGUGUCUAGCCAGACUGGAGGCCCGACCAGUGACUUCACCGAUCCUUCCUCCACGGGGCAGUGCCCUCCGCCAACGGUCACGUCUUGGGCAACGGCAACUGUGACUUCCACGAUCACUUAUGCUGCCAUCACUGUGACCGUGCUGGGUGAUGGGUGCUCCGGCAAUCCGGCUGCGAGCGAGUCGCAGCCGGGCUUCUCCGAGUCGGGCUCGAUUAUCACUUCCCCUCCGUCCACGUUUACUGCGACCCCCUGGCCUCCGUCCAAUACCAGCUUCACCUCAACUCUUUUCACGGCCGACGCUGGUGGUAUCCGUCCUGAGCUUUGGCUUCUCAGCACGCUUCUAGUCCUGCCGUUGCUCUAA